AUGAAAUUAAAGCUCUUAUUGGCUUUUAUAAGCAUUCUUGAAAGUCAGAGAAUCGGCGCUCCAACUUACACUGGAAUCUCCCUCAAAAACCAUGGCUACUACGAACUAACCAUCGAUACCCAAGAUCAAGCUGAUGCCUUCAGAGGAAUCUCGGAAAACAUAAACAUUGAUUUCUUCUUCCCUCACAAUGGAGCUCGAUUCGUAAAAGGAGAAGAAGUGAAAUUCUGCAUUCAGCCGGAAGAUAAAGGCGCGAUGGACUUCUUUUUGAAAACGCUGGAUUUCGACUAUGAUGAUGAAAACCGGCUAGAUGAGCUGAUUGAGAAUGAAUUCGACAAUAAAUCCGGAAGAUCUGUUGGCUUCGAUUUUAAUGUUUAUCACACGCUUCAAGAACAAUUUGCUUACCUCGAUGGUCUUGCUGACAUCCCUGGUGUUACUGUAUCAAGUAUUGGGAGAUCUGUAGAGCUUCGAAAUCUGUACAAAAUUUCAAUUGGAGACGAUAAUUUGCCAAAAAUCAAUUCCGUCAACUGGAUCAUCUACCCAAAUCUCAACCCUGACGGCUACGAGUACACCUGGACUGGCUACCGAUACUGGCGCAAAAAUCGAGCCAACAAUCCUGGCUCUAACUGCAAGGGCGUCGAUCUGAAUCGAAACUACGACAUUGAGUGGAUGAAUGCGGGAACAAGCAACAGCCCUUGCUCUGACAUCUACGGAGGCCCAAGUGCUUUUUCGGAGCCGGAAUCGCAAGCGCAUCGGGAUGACAUGCUCGCCAUUGACAAUAAACUUGCCUAUUUGACGUACCACGCAUAUUCGCAGUUCAUCAUUUAUCCGUAUUCUUCUUCCCACGCGGCUGAAGCAUGGAACAAAGCUGACCUUGACUAUGUUGCGAAAGCUAUGGUUGAUACAAUCAGUGACACUACUGGAGCAUAUUAUCAAUAUGGCGAAGGAGCUCCAAGCUUUUACCCCGCUUCUGGCGGCAGUGAUGACUGGUCACACAAUGAUUCCGGAGCGAAUGUCCCGAUUUCCCUGACGAUCGAGCUGCGAGAUAGAGGACAGUAUGGCUUUGCGCUUCCGGAGAGUCAGUUGGAGCCAAUGUAUACAGAAAAUCUUGCAGCAAUGAGAACGGCUUAUGAUCACGUGAAACCUGGCGGAACUUGUAAUCCUCCUUCGUCGAGCGAAUCAACAUCGACUGACUCCUCAUCUACAGCAAGCUCGUCUUCCACUGUCGGAUGUCCAAGCGAUGCAACAUGCACUUGGCAUUCUGGUUUGAAACUGGUCUACUGUGCCUGUAACGACCCUGAACACUACAUUUUCGACUCGGAUGCUUGGGAAUGCAUUGGAAGAAGUACGACCACUUAAAACUAUCUUCUGCUAAGAAAAACAGGAGUCAAGAUGCUAGCUGAUAUCCCAAAGAAAGCAAUGAAGAAGAGAGCAAUCUUCAAAAUCCUCACUGAACGAUUUUUCAUUCUCAUUAUGAAAUAA